AGAAGCUCACCCCAGGCUGCACCACUGGCAACAAAAAAUGCAGGCCCUACUAUUCCUGAUGGCUCUUCUCUUGCCUUCUGGAGCUGGAGCUGAGGAGAUUAUCGGUGGUGUGGAGUCUAGACCACACUCCCGUCCUUACAUGGCCCAUCUGGAGAUCACCACUGAGAGAGGUUACAAGGCCACCUGUGGUGGGUUUCUUGUGACCCGCCAAUUUGUGAUGACUGCCGCACACUGUAAGGGAAGAGAAACCACUGUUACCCUUGGAGUUCAUGAUGUGAGCAAGACAGAAUCCACACAGCAGAAGAUAAAAGUCGAAAAACAAAUUGUUCACCCAAAUUAUAACUUCUAUUCCAAUCUCCAUGAUAUCAUGUUACUGAAGCUUCAAAAGAAAGCCAAGGUGACUCCUGCUGUGGAUGUAAUUCCCCUGCCUCAGCCCUCUGACUUUCUCAAGCCUGGGAAGAUGUGCCGGGCAGCUGGCUGGGGGCAAACUGGAGUGACAAAACCAACCUCAAAUACACUGAGGGAGGUGAAACAGAGAAUCAUGGAUAAAGAGGCCUGUAAAAACUAUUUUCAUUAUAACUAUAACUUCCAGGUCUGCGUGGGCAGUCCAAGAAAGAUAAGAUCAGCAUAUAAGGGAGACUCCGGAGGACCACUAGUGUGUGCUGGGGUGGCCCAUGGUAUUGUAUCUUAUGGACGUGGAGAUGCAAAGCCCCCUGCAGUCUUCACCCGAAUCUCCCCAUAUGUGCCCUGGAUUAAUAAAGUCAUAAAGGGCAAGGAUCUGACCAGCCUGAGUCUGCACGAGUCAGAGUCUCCAAGCUAGAGAACUCUUUUGAUAUCCCUUGGGAUCAACAAAGCCUGUCCCCAGCCUGUCACCUGCUUGUCCCAUACCUGUUCCCAGCCUGCCCCCAACUUGCCCCCAGCCCAUCCCCAGCCUGUCCCAAGCCUGUCCCUAGGAUGAUCUCAACAAUACACAAGUCUGUGGUGAUGGAUUGUUCCCUGUAAAGCACCUCAAUAAAGACAUAACCUCCAGCA